AUGCUCGAGCUCUGUUCUCUUACAUCUUUGCUCAUCAUUUUCGCACAAGCUGAGUUUAUAGACAGCAAUGGUGCUUAUAUAUACACUAAUGCUAGCGAAUUGUCUAAACUAACUCGAUUCCCAGUGACACCCGUCUAUGGGAAAUUGCAAGACAUUAACCAUCCGAACGGUACUCCCAGAUACCUUUAUGACGACAGCCAGGUUAACAUGGACUACAUAGAUACAGCAUUAGAGGCGUAUCAGUAUCACAACCCAGCUACGAACGUGUCUAGCUUUAUACAAAAUACCGAAGCGAAUAAGAGUGAUAGGGCCGAGCUGGCAAAGAGGUCAAUCGGGAUAAUGGCCCAAGUUAUAACGUCAGUGUUAGAGUACGCGUGGUUCAAAUUCCACUCCUGUGGGGCGGUGUACAAAACCAUAGGCCACACCCACUACAGAAUAGAAAUUUGCACUACUAGAAAAACUUGCGAGAUACCACCUGAUAUCAUCAAAGCAGAUGAGGCUGACCUCGAAAAUUACUCAUCCUUUAUUUAUGGCUGGUUCAUAAGCGACCAUGAUUCUACGUGA